ACCAAUCUACCAACAUUUUCCAGCCCAUCAAUCAUCAUCACCAUCGUCGUCUUCUUCGUCGUCGUCGAUUCCACACUUCUCACUUACCAAAACCAGCUCAAGCUUUGAACCACAAUAAUUUCCUAGACUCAGUCACCCAGAAGGAAACCAAAACUGUCAAAUUAUCAACCAUCUUCAACCUAAAACCCUCUUUUUUAUUAAUUAAUUAAUUAAUUAAUUUAUUAAUUUAUUUUGAUUCCAUGUCGAUGAAGUUGAGCUAGGGCUUUGGGGGAAAAAUCAUCCUUCAAUGGCGACGACUCCUUCGUCCUUGCGCUUCUCCUCCGCCGGUAGUGGUUAUGGUAACCUCGACGCUAUUAAUCGCGUUCUCUCUGAUCUCUGCAUCAAAGGAAUUCCUAAGGAGGGUGCUUCGUCUGCUUUGAGGAGACACAUUGAGGAAGCAGCACAUGAUCUCAAUGGAGAAGCAUUUUCGCGGUUCAUGGAUCAGCUUUAUGAUCGAAUAUCCACUCUACUAGAAAGCGGUGAAGUUGCUGAGAAUUUGGGAGCUUUAAGGGCUAUUAAUGAGCUUAUAGAUUUGCCUCUUGGAGAGAGUGCCUCGAGAGUUUCGAGAUUCUCUAAUUACAUUCGGACUGUAUUUGAGUUGAAGCGUGAACGUGAGAUAUUAGUCCUUGCCAGUAGAGUGCUUGGACAUCUUGCUCGUGCUGGUGGGGCAAUGACUGCUGAUGAAGUUGAACACCAGAUACGAAACGCUUUGGACUGGCUACGUGGAGAGCGAUUUGAGUAUCGUCUUCUUGCUGCAGUUUUAAUCUUGAAAGAAAUGGCUGAGAACGCUUCAACUGUUUUCAAUGUUCACGUGCAAGAAUUUGUGGAUGCCAUUUGGGUUGCCUUAAGGGAUCCUUCGUUAGAUGUGCGGGAACGUGCGGUGGAAGCAUUACGUGCUUGUCUUCGUGUUAUUGAGAAACGUGAGACACGUUGGCGUGUUCAAUGGUACUAUUGCAUGUUUGAGGCUACGCAAGAGGGGCUAGGAAAAAAUGCACCGGUUCAUAGCAUACAUGGGUCCUUACUUGCUGUUGGGGAGCUCUUGAGGAAUACAGGCGAGUUUAUGAUGUCUAGGUACAAGGAAGUUGCAGAAAUCGUUCUCAAAUAUCUGGAGCACCGUGAUCGGCUUGUUCGCCUCAGCAUAACAUCAUUGCUUCCUCGGAUUGCCUAUUUCCUACGUGAUCGUUUUGUGACUAAUUAUUUGUCGACAUGCAUGGAUCAUAUUCUUGCUGUUCUGAAGAUACCAGCUGAACGAGCUACUGGUUUCAUCGCUCUUGGGGAGAUGGCUGGUGCCUUGGAUGGGGAACUUAUUCAUUAUUUGCCGACAAUAAUGUCUCAUUUGCGUGAUGCUAUUGCUCCUCGUAGGGGUAGACCUUCUGUGGAGGCUUUGGCUUGUGUUGGUAGCAUCGCAAAAGCAAUGGGGCCAGAUAUGGAGCCUCAUAUUCGUGGCCUCUUAGAUGCAAUGUUCUCUGCUGGUCUUUCACGUCAGCUUGUAGAAGCACUUGAUCAAAUUGCUAUUAGCAUUCCUUCGUUGCUUUCAACAAUUCAAGACCGCUUGCUGGAAUGCAUUUCUCUAGUUCUUUCAAGAUCUCAUCAUGCUCAGGUGAGGCCAGCUGCUGCUAUAGGUCGAGGAAAUGUGGCAAAUACGCCUUUGCUGGUAUCAGAUGUCUCUGGCCCUGUUCUUGUGCAGCUUGCUUUGCAGACUCUUGCACAUUUUAACUUCAAGGGCCAUGAUCUUCUAGAGUUUGGCAGAGAAUCAGUUACCUCUUACUUGGAAGACGAGGAUGCAGUCACAAGGAAAGAUGCUGCAUUAUGCUGUUGCAGAUUAGUAGCAAAUUCAAUUUCUGGAACAUCUUCUCAGUUCAGUUCUGCCAGAUCUAACCGAACUGGAGGAAGGAGAAGACGUCUCAUUGAGGAGAUUGUGGAAAAGCUGCUAAUAGCUGCUGUUGCUGAUGCCGAUGUUAGUGUUAGGCUUUCAAUUUUUCAAUCCUUACAUGAAGAUGGAGGUUUUGAUGAGUUUUUGGCUCAAGCUGAUAGUUUAAGUGCUAUUUUUGCCGCUCUAAAUGAUGAGGAUUUUCAAGUUCGUGAAUAUGCAAUAUCAGUUGCUGGUCGAUUGUCUGAAAAGAAUCCUGCAUAUGUUCUCCCAGCUCUUCGUCGUUAUCUCAUUCAGCUUUUAACAUAUUUAGAACAAAGUGUGGACAGCAAAUGCAGAGAAGAAAGUGCAAAAUCAUUAGGUUGCUUAAUUCGCAGUUGCGAACGAUUAAUACUCCCAUAUAUUGCUCCAAUACAUAAGGCAUUAGUGGCAAAACUCCGUGAGGGAUCGACAUUGAGUGCUAAUAGUGGCAUUAUCACUGGCGUUUUAAUAACUGUUGGAGAUCUGGCUAGAGUGGGCGGCUUUGCAAUGAGACAAUAUAUUCCUGAACUAAUGCCACUUAUAGUAGAUGCUUUACUGGAUGGAGCAGCUGUCACAAAACGAGAAGUGGCUGUUGCAACCCUAGGACAAGUAGUUCAGAGCACUGGGUAUGUUAUAACUCCUUACAAUGAUUACCCUCAGUUGCUUGGAUUACUCCUAAAGUUGCUUAAUGGUGACUUGGUGUGGUCAACAAGGCGAGAAGUACUGAAGGUUCUUGGUAUCAUGGGCGCAUUAGACCCCUAUGUUCAUAAGCGAAACCAACCGAACUUGCCUGGGUCCCAUGCAGAAGUUACCCACACAACAACUGAAACUGGUCAGCACAUUCGAUCAAUGGAUGAUCUCCCUAUGGACCUUUGGCCAUCUUUUACAACAUCAUCUGAGGAUUAUUACUCAACGGUCGCGAUAAAUUCCCUCAUGCGUGUUCUUAGGGACCCUUCACUUUCUAGCUACCACCAAAAAGUGGUUGGAUCUCUCAUGUUCAUAUUUAAGUCUAUGGGACUUGGCUGCGUGCCAUACUUGCAAAAGGUUUUGCCCGACCUUUUCCAAAUUGUCCGUGUUUGUGAUGAUAACUUGAAGGACUUUAUUACAUGGAAAUUCGGAACAUUGGUAUCUAUUGUGCGCCAGCAUAUUCGUAAAUACCUUGGAGACCUGCUAGCUCUUGUUGCUGAGUUGUGGUCUUCCUUUUCUUUGCCAGCAGUCAACCAUUCAGUACGUGGUUUGCCUGUUUUGCAUUUGGUAGAACAACUUUGUGUGGCACUAAAUGAUGAAUUUAGGACAUAUCUUCCUGCUAUUCUUCCUUGCUGCAUUCAAGUUCUGAGUGAUGCAGAAAAAUGCAACGAUUAUACUUAUGUUCCAGAUAUUCUCCACACUCUUGAAGUUUUUGGAGGAACAUUAGAUGAACAUAUGCAUUUGCUUCUUCCGGCACUGAUCCGUCUGUUCAAAGUAGAUGCUUCAGUGGAGAUUAGGCGUGCAUCUAUCAAAACUCUGACUAGAUUGAUUCCUAGGGUGCAGGUCACUGGUCAUAUAUCGUCUCUUGUUCAUCACUUGAAACUCGUUUUGGAUGGGAAGAAUGACGAGCUCCGGAAGGAUGCUGUUGAUGCACUUUGUUGUCUUGCACAUGCCCUUGGUGAGGACUUUUCUAUCUUCAUCCCAUCCAUUCACAAGAUUUUGCAGAAGCAUAGGUUGCGGCACAAGGAAUUUGAAGAGAUAGAAGGACGCUUCCGGCGGCGCGAACCUCUGAUUUCUGGAAGCACAGCUGCUCAAAGAUUAAGUCGGCGCCUUCCUGUAGAAGUCAUUAGUGACCCUCUGAAUGAUGUUGAGUAUGACCCUUACAGUGAUGGGUGUGACAUGCUCCGAGAUGUGAAAAGCCAUCAGGUUAAUGAUGGGCGUUUACGUACUGCUGGGGAGGCUUCUCAACGAAGUACCAAGGAGGAUUGGGCAGAAUGGAUGAGGCAUUUCAGUAUUGAACUGCUGAGAGAAUCUCCUUCUCCGGCUUUGCGAACUUGUGCUAGGCUUGCACAGUUACAGCCUUUUGUAGGGAGAGAACUGUUUUCUGCUGGUUUUGUCAGUUGUUGGGCUCAACUUGAUGAGAAAAGUCACAGGCUGUUGGUUCGACAACUAGAAACAGCAUUUUCUUCACCGAAUAUACCCCCGGAGAUUCUGGCAACUCUUCUUAAUCUGGCAGAGUUUAUGGAACAUGAUGAGAAACCUCUUCCUAUUGAUAUUCGUCUCCUUGGAGCUCUUGCAGAGAAGUGUAGAGCAUUUGCCAAGGCUUUACACUACAAGGAAAUGGAGUUUGAAGGUCCACGUUCUAGAAACAUGGAUGCAGAUCCGGUUGCUGUUGUUGAAGCACUUAUAUAUAUUAACAAUCAGUUGCAUCAGCAUGAGGCUGCUGUAGGAAUUUUGACCUAUGCUCAACAGCAUUUAGAUGUUCAAUUAAAGGAGUCAUGGUAUGAGAAGUUACAACGCUGGGAUGAUGCUUUGAAGGCUUACACGGCAAAAGCAGCUCAAGCAGCAAAUCCUCAUGCUUUACAGGAAGCGACAAUUGGGCGAAUGAGAUGUCUUGCAGCACUAGCCCGUUGGGAAGAACUGAACAAUCUGUGCAAGGAUUAUUGGACACCAGCUGAGCAAGCAGCUAGAUUAGAAAUUGCACCAAUGGCUGCUAGUGCUGCGUGGAACAUGGGUGAGUGGGAUCAAAUGGCAGAAUACGUAAAAAGCCUUGAUGAUGGUGAUGAAACAAAACUUCGUGUCUUGGGAAAUACUUCUGCUACUGGUGAUGGUACUUUCUUCCGGGCUGUUCUGUUUGUUCGACGUGGAAAGUAUGAUGAAGCCCGAGAAUAUGUCGAGAGGGCAAGAAAAUGUUUGGCCACAGAGCUGGCGGCUCUGGUUCUGGAGAGUUAUGAGCGCGCAUACAAUAAUAUGGUUCGUGUUCAACAAUUGUCAGAACUAGAGGAGGUGAUUGAUUAUUGUACUCUACCAGUUGGUAAUCCAGUCGCAGAAGGGCGCCGGACACUUAUUCGGAAUAUGUGGAAUCAACGCAUACAUGGAGUGAAGCGUAAUAUUGAGGUUUGGCAAGGUCUGUUAGUAGUAAGAGCACUUGUCCUGCCUCCAGCUGAAGACACGGAGACAUGGUUGAAAUUUUCUUCUCUCUGCCGAAAAAGUGGACGGAUUAAUCAAGCCAAAUCUACUUUGAUUAAACUUCUUCAGUAUGACCCUGAAGUAUCUCCGAGAAACGUACAUUACCGUGGACCCCCUCAGGUGAUGCUUGCGUACUUGAAAUUUUUAUGGUCACUUGGGGAGGAUCUCAAGCGGAGGGAUGCAUUUGCAAGGUUACAGGAUUUGGCCAUUGAGCUUUCUAGUGCGUCAAAUAUAUUGCCUACGUCUCAAACAACAUUGAUAAAUGCUUCUACUCCACCCACUCCUCUUGUUGCUCGUGUAUAUCUCAAACUUGGCACUUGGCAACGUGAACUUACUCCAAUACUUGACGACGAAUCCAUUCAAGACAUAAUUGGUGCAUUAAGAAAUGCUACACAGUGUGCACCUAAGUGGGGGAAAGCUUGGCACUCUUGGGCUCUAUUUAACACGGCUGUGAUGUCACAUUAUACUCUUAGAGGUUAUGCAAGUACUGCAGGGCAGUUUGUUGUUGCAGCUGUUACUGGAUACUUCCACUCCAUAGCUUGUGCUGCAAAUUCUAAAGAUGUUGAUGACAGUUUGCAGGACAUACUCCGUCUUCUCACUCUGUGGUUCAAUCAUGGGGCAACUGCUGAAGUUCAAAUGGCUCUUCAAAGGGGAUUUCAACUUGUCAGCAUAGACACAUGGCUGGUUGUUUUACCUCAAAUCAUUGCCCGGAUACAUUCUAAUAAUCAUGCUGUUAGGGAACUCAUACAAUCACUUUUGGUGCGGAUUGGGCAAAACCACCCUCAGGCUCUUAUGUAUCCUCUUCUCGUGGCAUGCAAAUCAAUUAGUGAUCUGCGCAGAGCUGCAGCUCAAAAGGUUGUUGACAAAGUACGGCAGCACAGCAGUGCACUUGUUGAUGAGGCUCAGCUAGUGUCAAAGGAGCUUAUUAGGGUGGCAAUAUUAUGGCAUGAAAUGUGGCAUGAAGGUUUGGAAGAAGCUAGUCGUCUUUAUUUUGGAGAACACAAUAUCGAGGGAAUGUUAAAGGUCCUUGAACCGUUACAUGAAAUGCUAGAGGAAGGUGCCAUGAGGAGUAACACCACCAUUAACGAGAUGACCUUCAUUCAGACAUACCGCCAGGACUUGCUCCAAGCCUAUGAAUGCUGUAUGAGAUACAAGAGAACUGGGAAAGAUGCAGAACUUACUCAGGCCUGGGACCUUUAUUAUCAUGUCUUCAGACGGAUAGAUAGGCAGCUUCAAUCACUUACUACCCUCGACUUACAGUCGGUUUCGCCAGAGUUGCUGAGUUGCCGUGAUUUGGAACUUGCAGUGCCUGGAACAUAUCGUGCUGAUGCAGCAGUUGUGACUAUUGUGUCAUUUGCACCUCAACUUACGGUAAUGACCUCUAAACAACGGCCACGUAAGUUGACAAUUCUUGGUAGUGAUGGAGAGGACUAUGCUUUCUUGCUCAAGGGGCAUGAAGACCUACGUCAAGAUGAACGUGUCAUGCAGCUUUUUGGUUUAGUAAAUACUCUUCUUGAGAAUUCUCGAAAAACCUCUGAAAAAGAUCUUUCCAUCCAACGAUAUUCUGUCAUUCCUUUGUCUCCGAAUAGUGGGCUAAUUGGAUGGGUGCCUAAUUGUGAUACUUUACAUCACCUCAUAAGAGAGUACAGGGAUGCCCGAAAGAUCACCUUAAAUCAAGAACACAGGUUGAUGCUUAGCUUUUCGCCAGACUAUGACCAUUUGCCGCUCAUAUCCAAAGUAGAAAUUUUUGAGUAUGCUCUACAAAAUACCGAAGGAAAUGAUUUAGCAAAGGUACUUUGGUUGAAAAGUCGCACAUCAGAAGUCUGGCUGUACAGGCGAACUAACUAUACAAGAAGUUUGGCAGUGAUGAGCAUGGUCGGGUACCUUCUUGGCUUGGGUGAUCGACACCCAAGUAAUCUUAUGCUACAUCGUUACAGUGGGAAAAUAUUGCAUAUUGAUUUUGGGGACUGCUUUGAAGCAUCCAUGAACAGAGAGAAAUUCCCUGAAAAGGUGCCUUUUCGCUUGACUAGAAUGCUUGUAAAAGCCAUGGAAGUCAGUGGAAUAGAGGGUACCUUCCGCACAACAUGUGAAAAUGUGAUGCAAGUUCUGCGAACAAACAAGGACAGUGUCAUGGCUAUGAUGGAGGCUUUUGUACAUGAUCCUCUUAUUAAUUGGCGUCUUUUCAACUUUAACGAAGUUCCACAAAUCUCUACCCUUGCAAGUGCUCAUAUCCCUGCUGUCAUUAAUGGUGAAGAACCUUCUGCGAGUAAUAAUCUUUCACAUCCCCAGCGUGGUGUUCGAGAAAGAGAACUACUUCAGGCUGUUAAUCAACUCGGAGAUGCUAAUGAGGUUCUGAAUGAGCGCGCUGUGAUGGUUAUGGCUCGGAUGAGUAAUAAGCUUACUGGGCGUGACUUUUCUACAGUGUCUACUUCUGCUGUUGCAGUCCAAUGUGCAGCAGACAGUAGUAACGCAGCAUCAGGAGAUGCUCGUGAAGUUGAACAUGGCUUAUCUGUCAAAGUACAGGUUCAAAAGUUAAUAGCUCAGGCCACUUCAUAUGAGAAUUUAUGUCAAAAUUACGUCGGGUGGUGCCCAUUUUGGUGAGCAACAAUCGGUUGUAUGUUGUUUAUGAUGUACAUAUGUUUAUUCUUCUCUUUUUCUUCCCUCAUUUUUGUAUCAAUGCAAUAGGGAUCCGUGUAGAUGAUCUGACGGUGUACAUAUAUGAUUCUUGUUGUUGUAUUAUUAUUUGUACAGAAAUUUCAUAAUGCAAUGAAGGAGCAUAAUAUAUAUAUA